AUGGCCCCAGUUGCUGUUCGUUUUGAGAAGGAGCUCGAUGUCGACGACGACGACGACGACGGCGAUUGUGCUCGCCGAGCAGCGCGGAUUCGGCGGCUGGUGCGAGGUUAGAG